CCCCGCACCAAGAGUCCCAGCUGAACAUUUGACUAGUUACUGCGUGUGCAUCAGUGAGGGCUGAGAAGCAGCCAUCAGCCUAGUGGACCAGUUCCUUACAGAUUUUCCACCAGUUCGCCCGACCUUCAGAGCCUGAAAGCUACGAUAGACGAAUGGAGUACGACUACAUGAGCGAUGAUGAGAACUUCAUUCCACUCGCGAAGAAGAAGGCUGCACCGAAAGGCGGGCCGAAGAAAGCCAAGGAACCUCUUCAGCCAAGCACGGCAGCGAAUAUCGGAAAAGGAAGAACAAUCGAGCAGACGUAUCAAAAGAAGACCCCGCUAGAGCACGUCCUCCUUAGGCCAGACACUUACGUCGGAUCAGUUCAGAGCCACACGCAGACCCUGUGGGUCUAUGAGAACGGAAAAAUGGUACACCGCGAGGCGACCAUUGUUCCUGGCCUGUACAAGAUCUUCGAUGAAAUUCUCGUCAACGCGGCUGACAACAAGCAGAGGGAUCCCUCUAUGGAUUUACUAAAAGUGAACAUUGACCCAGAGAAGAACAUGAUCCAGGUGUGGAACAACGGCAAAGGUGUUCCCAUCGAGAUUCACGCGGAUGAGAACUGUUACGUCCCGGAGAUGAUUUUUGGCCACCUCCUCACCAGCAGCAAUUACGACGACACGGAGAAGAAGACGACGGGAGGUCGCAAUGGCUACGGUGCUAAGCUUGCUAACAUAUUCUCAACGGAGUUCGUCAUCGAGACUGCAGACGGCGAGCGCAAGAAGCAGUAUAGGCAGGUUUUCAAUGACAACAUGAGCAAGAAGUCGGAGCCCGAAAUUACGAAAACCAGGUCAGGAGAGAGCUGGACACGCGUGACUUUUCAUCCAGACCUGGCAAAGUUCAAGCUGACACACCUGGAUGCUGACCAUGUCGCUCUCAUGAGCAAGCGUGUCGUUGACAUGGCUGGAGUGCUCGGAAAAACUGUCAAGGUCGAGCUGAAUAGGAACAAGGUUCCUCUGAAGAGUUUCCAGGAUUACGUUGGACUUUACCUUGACUCGUCCAAGUCAGGUGGCGAGGUCCCGGGCCCAUUGCCAAAGGUUUACGAGAAGGUCAACGACAACUGGGAGGUUUGCGUUUCUCUGAGUGACGGCCAGUUUCAACAGGUCAGCUUCGUCAACAGCAUCGCGACAAUCAAGGGCGGCACCCAUGUUAAUCUUGUCGCAGAUCAAGUGACCAAAUUCCUGAUGGAGAAGGCGCAGAAAAAGGCAGGGAAAGGCGCUCCGGCGAUAAAGGCCCAUCAAGUGAAGUGCCACUUGUGGGUCUUCGUGAACUCGAUGAUCGUCAACCCAGCAUUCGAUUCACAGACCAAGGAGACGCUGAACACCCGAGCGAGCGAGUUUGGCUCCACAUGCAAGCUCCCGGACAGUUUCCUCCAGAAAGUUGCGAAAUCGGGUGUGAUUGAUAGUAUCCUCUCUUUCGCAACCUUCAAAGCGAACAAGGAUAUGAAGAAGAGUGACGGCAGCAAGAAGCAGCGGCUCACAGGAAUCUCGAAGCUGGACGAUGCGAACGAUGCAGGAGGACGCAACUCUGAGCAGUGCACCUUGAUCCUCACUGAAGGAGACUCUGCAAAGGCUCUUGCUGUGAGCGGUCUGAGUGUUGUGGGUCGUGACAAGUACGGAGUAUUCCCUCUUCGUGGGAAACUUCUGAACGUCAGGGAUGCCCCUGCCAAGCAGCUAACAGACAACGCAGAGAUCACCAACAUCAAGCAGAUCAUGGGGCUUCAGCAGGGAAAGCAUUAUGACAGCACCAAGUCCCUUCGAUACGGCCAUUUGAUGAUCAUGACUGAUCAGGACCACGACGGAUCUCACAUCAAGGGCCUCCUUAUCAACUUCCUCCACGCCUUUUGGCCUUCACUCCUGAAGCAACCCAACUUCUUGCUGGAGUUCAUCACGCCCAUCGUCAAGGCUACUGGGCCACGGGGAAAGGUCCUCUCCUUCUACACCAUGCCAGAGUAUGAGGCAUGGAAAGAAUCACUUGGGGGAAGUACCAAAGGAUGGUCCAUCAAGUACUAUAAGGGUUUGGGAACAAGUACACCGAAGGAAGCGAAGGAGUACUUUGCAGCCCUUGAUAAGCACCGGAAGAGCUUUGAGUGGACUGGAGAAGAGGAUGGCGAUAGCAUUGACAUGGCGUUCAGCAAGAAGAAGGUGGAAGACAGGAAGGCAUGGCUUCGCAAUGUCGAGCCUGGGACUUUCUUGGAUCAAAGUGCCAAGACGAUUAGCUACAGCGACUUUGUCAACAAGGAGCUGGUUCUCUUCUCGAUUGCUGACAACCUGCGAUCCAUUCCAUCAGUCAUGGAUGGUCUCAAGCCUGGGCAGCGGAAGAUUCUCUUCAGUUGCUUCAAGAGAAAACUGAAGAGUGACGUGAAGGUUGCACAACUGGCCGGCUACAUCUCAGAGCAUUCAGCUUAUCACCACGGUGAAAUGAGCUUGAUGACCACCAUCAUUGGACUUGCCCAGGAUUUUGUGGGCAGCAACAACAUCAACCUGCUGGUGCCCAGUGGCCAGUUCGGCACCCGCCUUCAGGGAGGGAAAGACGCUGCAAGCCCUCGUUACAUCUACACCAGGCUGCACAAGCUUGCACGGAUCCUUUUCUCUGAGGUGGAUGAUGCUCUUCUGGACUUCCUCAAUGAAGACGGACAGAAGAUCGAGCCAACAUGGUACCUUCCUAUCCUCCCCUUGGUUCUCGUCAACGGAAGUGAAGGAAUUGGAACUGGAUGGAGCUCCUACGUGCCAACCUUCAACCCGCGAGACAUUGUCGACAACCUCAAGCGGCUGAUGAAUGGGGAGGAGAUGGAGCCGUUGCACCCCUGGUUCCGUGGAUUCAAGGGAACUGUGGAACACAACAGCAGCAAAGAUGGCCGGAACUACAUUGUGACUGGAACGAUCAACAAAGUCAGCGACACCGUUCUGGAGAUCACCGAGCUGCCCAUCCGGACCUGGACGCAGAACUACAAGGAGUUCUUGGAGGGGAUGAUGGUCACAAAUGACAAGAACAAAGAGCCGUUCAUCAAGGACAUGAGGGAGCAUCACACUGACACCACUGUGCACUUUGAGGUGCACUUGUCGCCCGAGGGAAUGGCAACUGCAGAGGCUGAAGGCUUGGUCAAGCGGUUCAAGCUGACUGCAUCAGUGGGGACCAGCAACAUGCACCUCUUUGACAAGGAUGGGAAGAUGAGGAAAUACGAGACUCCAGAAGAGAUCAUUCAAGAGUUCUAUCACCUUCGGCUGGAGUACUACAAGAAGAGAAAGGAUGUUCAAUUGGAGCAACUUCGGAAUGAGCUUAUCAAGCUGGACAACAGAGUGAGGUUCAUCCUCGCUGUUGUGCGUGGAGAGAUCAUCGUCAGCAACCGGAAGAAGGCGGAGCUCCUGGCUGAACUCAAGGAGAAGAAGUUCGCAUCUUUGCCAAAAGUCAAUGCCAGUGGCAGCAGUGGUUCAUCCACGGCUGCACAUGAGGAGGGUGAAGACGAUGGAGAGGAGGUUCAUGAAGAGGAAGGGGGUUCACAGGUCAAGAAGGCGGGCGAUGGAGGCUAUGACUAUCUCUUGGGCAUGCCACUGUGGAGCCUGACCCUGGAGAAGGUGCAAGAGCUGCUGAGGGAGCAGAAGAAAAAUCAAGACGACCAUGACACUCUGCUGAAGACGCAGCCCAAGGAGCUGUGGGAGAGGGACCUGGACAUGUUCCUUGAGGAGCUCGAGGUUGCGGAGGAGGAGGCAGCUCAGGAGAAGGCGAAAGAGGUGGCAGGCAAGGCUGGCAAGGGGAAGGGUCGUGCUGCCAAGGCUGUGGCUGUCAAGCCCAAGAAGGCACCAAAGAAGGCUCAGGUCUUCAGCGAUGAAGAGAUGGACUUCAUCUCAGACACCGAUGAUGACUUCAUGGUGGAAGAGGCCAAAGUGAAGCGAGGAAAGGGCACUUCUGCAGCAGCAAAGCCGGUGGCUGUGGCUGCUGCGACAAAACCACAGGCGCCUGUGCCUCCUGUUCAGGCACCAAAGCCGGAUGUGGUCAAGCCUCCUCCCAAGGCGAAACCUCAGGCUGAUUCUGAUUAUGACAGUGAGGAGGACUUCGGCGGAGGAACCCUUCGAGAGAGGCUUGCAGCUAUGGCAGCGAAGAUGUCAUUGCAGGAUAAAACUUCAGCAGGAGAAGCUGAGGCACAAGUGAAAACUGCAGUGUCCAAGAGACAACCCGCCAAGAGGGUCGCGACAAAAAGACCUGCCACCAAGAAAAAGGAGGAACAGGUGGAGGAUGCAACUUUGGGUGAUGAGUUUGAGUUCUUGGACGAUGUGGACGUGAAGUCUCCAGUGAAGGAACCAGUUAGCAAGGUGCAGAGGAUGCGGCCAUCCCCUUUCAGCAAAAAGAGUGGCUUGCCUACAGCUGCAACUGCGGAAGGCCGUGCUCAUCUAUCUCGUGGAGCUCAGAAGAAGCAGCCACUAGUGCUGAGUGAUGUCAGUGACGAGAGCGAGAGCGAGGAUGAAUUCCAGGACUUCAGCAGCGAAGACGAGGAUUAGAAUGGUGGCUAUCAGGAAUACGCAUGCCAGAAGGGGCUCAAGGUUCAAGUGGGUUUGACCCUUAGCCUCAUGCAUCAAAGAGACACAUCAGGCUUCUGUUUUAUAUGUUGUACCAAGAAGCAGGAAGAAUUAAGUAUGAAUCAACAA